AUGGCAGUGCAGCAAACAGCAGGCUUCCCAAAAUAUAUUGCAUUUUUUGCAAAUAGUGUACUUGAAACAGCAAUAUGGACAUUUGCAGAAUUAGCUAUCGCAGAUCAUCUUGCAGCUGCUAAUGAACCACAAACAGCUGAUGAAAUAGCAAAAAAACAAGGAUGGAAUAGUGAAUAUCUCUAUCGAGUUCUGCGUGCAGUCGUUGAUGCUGAUAUUGUUAGUGAAAUCGAAUCGAGUCAAACAAUGGAACCGGAAAAAACAAAUCGUUUUCAAUUAACUGAAGAUGGUCGUUUUCUCACGUCGAAUCAUCCAAGUAAAGCUCGAUAUUUCAUUCUUUGGGAGUCAAGUCCUCUUGCUAGAACGACUUUAUUUUAUUUACCUCAGCUAGUAUGUGAAGGUCCUAGUAAACCAAAUGGUUUCCAGCGAGCAACGAAUAACGAUUUAUUCUUUAAUUUUAUAGAAAAAGAAGAAAAUAAAAAUAUAGCCCAUAAUUUCAACGAAACUAUGACAAGUAUGUCAACGCACAGUAGUCAAUUUAUCGUUAAAAGUGUUGAUUUUGGCCGAUUCAAUACAAUUGUUGAUAUUGGUGGUAAUUUUGGUGUUCUUUUAGCUAGUAUAAUGGAAAAAUAUUCCACAAUAAAACAAGGUAUUUGUUUUGAUUUAGCUAGUGUUGUUCAAAGCGUAGAAGCUAAUAACGAAUUUGAAAAACGAAACAUACCCAAAGAACGUUAUCAAUAUCUAGCUGGAGAUAUGUUUGACGCACAGACAAUUCCACAAGCUGAUGCGUAUAUAAUGAAACAUAUUAUUCAUGAUUGGGAUGAUGAUCAAGCAAUUAAUAUACUUAAAUCGAUUGGAACAGCCGCGAAUGGAAAACCAAUAACAAUAUUUAUUAUUGAUGUCGUCGUACUACCUAGAAAUGAAGAAAAUAAACUCACUAAUCAAACUGCACACGUAUUGGACAUACAUAUGAUGUUGAUGCUACAUGCAAAAGAACGUACUCAAAAUCAAAUGGUAUAUCUAUGUGAGCAAACUGGUUUUCGAUUUAAACAAUUAUAUCGUACAGAAACACCAUACUCAAUUAUCGAAGCUGUACUUAAUUGA